AUGAUUUCUCGUUCGAUCGUUACCAAACUUCCCAAAAUCAAUCUGAAGUGGUAUCAUUCAACUGCUUCACUCAAUUCUUCCAUAAAACUCGAUCCCCUCGAAUUACACAAUCAUAAAGACUGGUUAAGCCCAACUGAAGUCAUCAAGAUUUUCGAAACCCUAAAAGAUUCCAAUUCGACCCUCACUGUUCUUAAUCAACUCUCGAAGCGGAAAGAUUAUAAACCCAAUGAAGCUCUGUACACAUCCGUGGUAAAUAAUCUUUCAGAAGCCAAGAACUUUGAUGGAAUUGAAGAAGUAAUGAAGAGAAUCAAGGUCGAAAAAAGAUGUAGACUUUCCGAUGGGUUUUUCUACAAUGUCAUCAGGAUUUACGGGCUUCGUGCUGGUAGAAUAAAUCGAGCAAUUGAAACGCUUUUCGAUAUGCCAAACUACAGUUCAUGGCCAACGUCCAAAACGUUUAAUUUUGUAUUGAAUUUGCUUGUGAACACCAAGCAGUUUGACGUAAUCCAUGAGGUUUACAUGGGUGCUGGGAAAUUAGGAGUUGAAAUCGAUGCUUGUUGCUUGAACAUCAUGAUGAAAGGCUUGUGUAAAAACGGGGACAUAAAUGCUGCACUCCAAGUGUUCGAUGAAUUUCCUAAACAGAAUUGUAAGCCUAAUGUGAGAACCUUUUCAACUUUGAUGCAUGGAUUGUGUAAACUUGGUCGUGUUGAGGAAGCUUUUUCAUUGUUACACAAGAUGGAAACAGAAGGUGUAGAGCCUGAUACAAUCUCCAUAAACAUACUGAUUUCAGGUUUAAGGAAGAACAAUCGAAUCAAAGAAAGUAUUGAGGUUUUUGAUAAGAUGUUGCUAAAAGGAUGUGAACCCAUUCCAAGCACAUAUCAAGAGGUUUUGUAUGCAUUGAUCGAUAGCAAAGAGUACAUCAAGGCUAUGAAUUUAGCAAAAAAGAUGUCAUCCAUGAAAAUGGUUCCAAGUUUUGAUUCAUAUAAAUUGAUCAUCCAUGGCCUUUGUGAAGAAAAGAUUGUUGAAGAUAUUGAUUUGGUUUUAAAACAUAUGAUAGAAAAUGGAAAUUCAUUUAAGUCUGGAAUUGCUUCAUUCGAGUCUGGAAUUGCUUCAUUCAAUUCUGGAAUUGCUUCAUUCAUGUCUGGAAUUGCUUCAUCGAAUUCUGGAAUUGCUUCAUUCAUGUCUGGAAUUGCGAUGUCUACUCCUGGAAACACUUCUACUUCAUCCUCCUCCAACCAGAACUUCUCCUUGCUCAAUAUAUGCUCCAAAGUCGUUAUGGAUGGCUCAAACUAUAAUGAUUGGAUGCGCAACAUCAAGAUGGCUCUUCGUUUCGAGAACAAAGAAUAUGUUCUUGAAAAGGAGCUCAAAGAGCUUGAUGAGAAUGAAGCCAUCUUCGGCAGGGUCUAAAGGAAAGUGAGGAGAUAGAGCGAGGAAGGAGAAACCUGAUCAUGGGAAACAGAAAGUCUUCACCAGUAACCAAGAUCGGAGUUUAUCAGCUUCUGCUUAGUAAUGAUGUUAGAUUAGAUUUAAUAAAUUGUUGCUAUUCGUCUGAGAUGACGAGAAACAUUAUUUCAUUUCAUGCAUUGUUCAGACAAGGUUUUACAUAUUCUUUUAAU